AUGGCCGACAUCAAGAAACUGCCAAAAGGAGAGACUGACACACUUCUCGACAAAGCCGUCGACCUCUUCAACGACAAGCUGUACACCGAGUGCGAAGCUGUCACGCGCACCGUGCUCAAGCGCAAGUUAUCGAUAUGGAAAGAAAUCUUUGCCGACACUGUACACCCAACCGUCGAUCUCACGCUGGCCCGUGGCCAGAAACAGCGUUACAAGGCCGAAGGCCUAUACUACAACACACGUUUCCUGUGGCCUUUGAAGAAAGACGCAGUCGUCGACAGAAAGUUAAAGAACCUGCGCGAGACUCUAGACGAACUGAGAGAGGACCAGAGAAACUGCCGACCAUCUGAUGUCGAUGAAUACGAGGAUAAUGAAUUCAUGGUGGAAAUGUACCAGAAAUACUCACGGGUCAUCGAAGCCGAAGGAGACUGGAACAAGAGGCUCCGAGAACGUGCACAAAGAAUAUUGGCAGAAGAAGAAGCUGAGAUGAAGGAGAUGGAAGCAAGAGCGCAGACAAUGCUGUACGAGGAUGCGUUCGAAGCCGCCGGACGUAUGUUCGGCCACGAUACUCUUCAGAGCGAUGGGUCCCAGAUUCAACCUGACGACGAGGAUGAUGACAGCGAAGUUUAG